AUGGUAAUAACGCUCUCAGGCACGACUAUUAAAAAAGAGUUCCGCCGCCGUAAUCCGGCUAUCAAUACUAUUACUACCUACUACCACUUCCAGGAAGGGGGAGCUGCUGCUAUACCACACGAGUCUAAUGCCAUUAAAGAAGACCAGCCCCUAGCUGGUAGCCGCCUAGGCCGAGAGGCAAGCGUUAAGUGA